UUUUUAAGGGGGCAUCUGUAUUGAGCAGCUUUCAGGUAAAAUAAAGGUUCGCUCACCUGUGGAAGCGCCAUCUACCUGGAGUUGUUCAACAGAGAGAGCGCCAUCAUGGCGUCCGAACGUGUUUGGACAUUGCUGCUUCUUCUCAUGUGUAUCUCAGCAGGGCUGGCCAUCCAGUGUUACCAAUGUGACAGCAACGAGGACCAAACCUGCCCAUCUGGCUAUGGAUUCGACAAAACUGUCAACGCCAUGUUGGACUGCAAUGGCUUUGAAGCUGACGUCCCAGGCCAAUUUUGUGUCAAAAUCUACCAGGAAAGUCCAGGAUGGGGUGGCUGGCAGAAGACUACACGCAGAUGUGGAUCCAGGACUUCCUUUGGUGUGGCAUGGGGCUGCCGGUGGUCCUGGGAUUACACUGGAGUGUUCACAGAAACCUGUUACUGUGAGGAUGCUGACGGCUGCAACAGUGCUAGGGACUCGAGGAUACACCUUGGAGUAGUGUUCAUCUGCGCUCUGAUGUCUUUUGUACUUUUUAUUUUGUCAUAGCGAGGGAGCAUAAUGCGUGAGACUGGAUGAGGUGUUAUGCUGUUGUUCUUUUUACAAUGUUACACAGAGAUGUGCAUGAUAGUGUAUUUGGUGUGUGUGUGUAUUACUAUAUAUAUAUGCAGGUGUAGAGAGAGGUAUAGAGAAUGUGUAUGUGUGUGUCUGCUCUACCUUAUGCCCACACAUGUGAGAGAGAGCUUUUGUGUUUUAUACGUACAAUAUUUUCGAAGCUGAGAGACCAGAAUCUUCCUCCUUGUAGUUCUAAGGUAGGUUCAUGUCCAGAUACAUUGUCUAUGUCCUUUCUUGAGAGAACUAGCAUCAUUCCAACCAUCAUACCAGCCAUCAUUCCUAAUAGUUGCUCUUUAAAUUGUCGAGACAUAUUUGCGAUGAUGAAGUUGCGGCCUUAUUGCUGGUUAUCCUGUCUUCAAUAAUUUUUGCAUUCUUGGGGAUGGUUUUGUAUGAAAGAACUUUUGUAUGGUGUAUUGGUGUAUGUGCAUGUUACUUUAGGCAAGUUUAAUUUUUCUGAAUGAGCUUUUAUGUGACGUGUAUGUGUUAAUUUUGUCAGUUUUAAAUCUGUGAGUGAGCAGUUCUAGGGUGUAUCUUUGUAUGCGUGUUUGAGUAUUUGUUUGUGGUGAGUUUUCAUGUUGGAUGCUUGAUAUUCAUUUGCGAGUUGUAAAAUCAGAUGGAAAAUAAGUCAGUAAAAUGGUGAAGGAAAAGGAGUUGAAUGAAAUGUGUCUGUAUGUUUUUAUGUAAGUGUUUGUGUGUGUGUGAGAGAAUAAAAGAGAGCGAGUGAGAACUACAGAUGGGACAGUGAAUCUUUUUAAAAUGUCAAUACUGCAAGGCUUGUUCUGAAAUGCAAAGCAAGUGUACUGAAGAAGUUACAAAAGCUGUGCCACCAUUAUAUGCAACAUAUCAUUAUGUAACAUAGCCUUUUCUGUUGUUUUUCUACAAGUUGUACAUAAGUUGACAUGCCUUGUAUGUUUUUUACACAUCAUAGCUUUCAUGUACCCUGCUUAGCCUCGGAGCAAUUGAAGUAGUUUUACAUUCAUUCAGUUAGUGUAAAAUGAGAUCACAUAACAUCCCAGAUGGAGGAUAUUCCCUAUUUUCAUAGUGAUGGUUAACCCAAAAAAAUCUUAUUCCAAGUUUUAAUUAUUUAUUUGUGAAACAUUCCAGUUUUAUUUUAAAUCUUUCUGGGGUCUUUGGUUGAUUUUUAUUAUCUUAAAUCUCUCUGCACUGCAUUUCAAAUAUUCUAUGCCAGAGUGAAAGGAUGGGGAAAUAUAAUUUUGAUUUUUGAGGGCAGCAUUUAAAUAAGAACUAAUGUCACAAAACAUGUUAUUUAUUCUAGUUAUGUGACUACUUAUAUGAUUAUGCAUUGUACUGUAAAUGAUACUAAAGUUUAUGCUGUGACUUUAUCAAUCUCUCUGCUGAAUCAUAGGAAUCAACCAAAUGUUUAUGUGCAUUCCACUGUAUUUCUAAUGUCGAUAGAUGACCUGUCUAGCUUUUUUGUAAACAAGGGUGAGAGAUGGAGGGAUGAAGUGGGGGGAGAUGUAUCCAAAUUUCCUGAAGUCUUUAACAAAAUUUUAGUGGGGGAGGAAUAUGAAAAUGUAUUCAAAUAUUUCGGGCGUCAUUUAGAUCCUGUUGUAAGUUACGAUUAAUAAACAUUUUUUAUAGUAUUCA